AUGUUACCAAUAACAAAUAAAGUUGCAUUAAUUACAAAAAAAGGAUUUUCAGAAUCAUUUUCAAUUGUUGAUAAUGAAAUUCCAAAACCUAAAGGAAAUGAAGUUUUAAUUAAAGUUGAUUAUGUUGGUCUUAAUAGAUGUGAUCUUUAUUUUUCAUUGGGACUUUAUUUACCAUUUGAAAAUUAUCCAAAUGUAUCAGGUUUUGAAGCUUCAGGUACUGUUGUAGAAUUUGCAAAUGAUGAAUUAGAGAAUUCAAGUAAAUUUAAAGUUGGUGAUAAAGUUAGUGUAAUUUAUACUUGUGAUCAUAGAAAAUAUGGUACAUUUGCAGAAUAUGCAGUUUUUCCAAUUGGUUGUUUAGUUAAGAAUAAUGAAUUAUCAAGUCAAAAAGAAAUUGCUGCAAAUUGGAUUUCAUUUUUCACUGCAUACUAUGGUCUUGUUGAAUUUGCUCAAAUUAAAAAAGGUGAUUAUGUAAUUAUCACCGCUGGUAGUGCUGGAACUUCUUUAGCUGGUAUUGCAAUUGCUAAAUUUUUUGGUGCUCAUACAAUCGUUACAAGUCGUAAUGAAAAGAAGAAACAACAAAUUUUAGAUUAUGGUGCUGAUUAUUUCGUUUCUCUUGACACUGAAGAUAUUGUUAAAAGAACCUUUGAAAUUACUAAUGGUAAAGGUGCAAAUAUUAUAUAUGACUCUGUUGGUGGACAAAGUGCUCAAAAAUUAUUUGAAUCAUCUUCACAAUUUGGUAAAAUUGUAUUCUAUGGUAAUAUGAAUCACUCAGAACCAACACCUCUCCCAAUUUUAAUUGGUCUUAAAAAUUACUUAACAAUCAAAGUUUUAAAUACAAAUGAAUACCUUUAUCAACCUGAAUUUAAUAAAAAAGCUAUUGAAUUUUUAAAUUCAAAUUUUCAUCAUUUUAAAUCAAUAGUUGGUAAAGAAUUUAUUGGUAUUGAUUCAUUGGUUGAUGCUCUUAAAUAUUUAGAAACUGGUGAUUUAUUUGGUAAAGUUGUUGUAAAAGUUAAUAAUUAA